AUGUCACCAGGAGAAAAACUUGACCCGCUUCCCGACAACUUCAUCCUGCAGCCGCCAGUCUUCCAGCCGGUGGUUCCUUAUGCCACAACAAUUUUUGGUGGGCUGCAUGCAGGCAAGAUGGUCAUGCUGCAAGGAGUCGUCCCCGAGGAUGCGCGUAGGUUCCAAGUGGAUUUCCAGUGUGGCUGCAGCCUGCUGCCCCGGCCAGAUAUAGCCAUCCACUUUAACCCUCGCUUCCACACCAUCAGGCCCCACGUCAUCUGCAACACCCUGUACGCUGGACGCUGGCAAGUGGAGGCCCGGUGGCCUGGCCUGGCCCUGCAGAGAGGGGCCAGCUUCAUCAUCCUCUUUUUCUUUGAGAAUGAGGCCAUGAAGGUGAGCGUGAAUGGACAGCACUUUCUCCACUACCCCUACAGGCUCCCACUCUCCCGGGUGGACACCCUGGGCGUAUCUGGUGAUGUCUUGGUGAAGGCUAUUGGAUUUGUGAACAUCAGUCCAUUUUUGGAGGGCAGAAGAGAGUACCCAGUCGGACACCCCUUCUUGCUGAAAAGUCCCAGGCUGGAAGUACCGUGUUCGCAGGCUCUCCCCCGCGGCCUCUGGCCCGGGCAGGUCAUCGUAGUUCGGGGGCUGGUCUUGCAAGAAUCGAAGGAUUUCACCCUGAGCCUGAGAGACGAGCUGGCUCAAGUGCCUGUGUCACUCCGGGCUUCCUUCACAGACAGGACUCUGGCCUGGAUCUCCCCCUGGGGACGCAGGAAGCUGAUCUUGGCUCCCUUCCUCUUUUCUCACCAGCGAUUUUUCGAGGUGCUGCUCCUAUGUCACGAGGGAGGCCUGAAGCUCGCACUCAAUGGACAGGGAGUGGGAGCCACCAGCCUCAGCCAGAAGGUCCUGGAACGGCUGCGAGAGCUUCGGAUUGGUGGCAGCAUCCAGCUUUACUGCGUCCACUGCUGA